AUGGCACUCAAGCUCGCACCGUUUGUCGACAGCCUAUGCCGUGAAGCUCCUCGCGACAUGGACGAGCUCUACGCCCGUGUUGUUGGGUACAUACAGAUGGAGGAACACUCCGCUUUUCAUGACCAGGUUUGCAGAAAAUCACAAGCGAAUCCUGACAAGGAUAAGGUGAAAGUCAUUAAUGACAGUCAGUUCAAGAAGACGGCUAGGGUAAAUAAAGGGGGGAGAUCCGACUUCUACACCCUCCUGAAUACGCCCCGAGUACACACCCUGGAGGAGGCCAGCAACAACAACCUGCUCACUCUGCCACCACCAGGACACACCCCCAACAGUGCAGACAAAUCCAAGCACUAUCGAUACCACAGGAAUCAUGGUCACACCACUGAGGAAUGUCGCACCCUCAGAGACCGCAUUGAGGAACUCGUCCAGGCGGGACAUCUUGCGCAAUACGUCCAGCGGCAACAAGGCCAUCGAGGAGGAUACAAUGGACGAGAGCGAAGUAGAGUUCGUGGUUCAGGAGGCCGCACAGACCAACCCUCUAGCUCUCAGCAAAACGCUGGUGGCACAGUGCAGGCCGAGGUAAGCCAGGAAACAGGGUCAGCCCCCUUGCAGGGCGUCAUCAACACAAUUGCAGGUGGCUUAGCAGGGGGAGGCUCUAGCAACUCGGCGCGGAAAUGA